AUGACAAUAUCUAACUAUCAAAAUAUUAAUGAAAAUUUUGAAAUUCAAGAUGCUGCAUUGGAGGUUGCUAAUGUUUUAAGAAGUUACCCUUCAGAAUAUAUACAUAUUAAAGAAUUAUUUUUAGAUAUUAUGCCAAAAUAUAAUUUGAAAAAGUUUGAUAAGAAGUAUAAUAUUGAUAAAGUUACUGUAAACAAAUUUGUUAAUGAAUUAAUAAGACAUGAUAUUAUUACAGUUAAAAGUUAUGAUAAAAAUGGUGUACCAGACAUUGUUAAAAUAAAAAAAAGUGAUAGAUGUUUUACACAUAUUAAACCUGAAUCAAUUAAAUGUAAAGAGAAAGAAUCUUUUCCUGAUUUAAGUGAUAAAAAAUCUUCAAUUUAUGAGGAACCAAAAAAUUUUAAAAAAUUUAGUCAUUCAAUUGAUAAAGAUAUAGAACAUCCCGAAAUUAUAUUUGAAGAACGUAAAUAUUAUUUUAUUACCAAUAAUAAAGAUAAAAAGCACCACCAUAAUAAAUUGUUAUCUCCAAAUAACAGAAGAGGUUUGUAUAUUAAUGAUAAAGCAAAACCUAUUGGAUAUGUUGACCCUUUAUCAAGUAAUCAUAGAAGAAUAUGUAUUAUGAAUGACAAAUAUAAACCUUAUCAUUUACAAAGAUACCCAUCAACAAAAGAAACAUUUGUUGGAGCAAUAAUUGAUAUGUUAAUGGAAAAUGAUGAAAUGAGUGUUUCUGAAAUUGUUGAAUAUUUUUGGAAAAAAUAUUAUAUAAAUCUUGAUUUAAAUUAUAUAAACAAAUUAUUCAAAAGUGGUUAUAAUGAUAUAGGUUAUUCUUUAUAUAAUACCAUAUCAGAUAUUACAAUUAGAAAAGAUAAUGAUUCACAUGAAAUGUACUUAAAAUACACUCCCAAAUAUUUGAGAGAUUACAUUUUAAUAUAA